ACCUCUCCUCGCCCCGAAUGGCAACCCGACGGGAAUGUGGUCAGCUGUCCAGUAUGCCACACCAUAUUCGGACUCUUCACACGCAAGCAUCAUUGUCGAAAGUGUGGACGAGUGGUAUGCUCGGCCUGCUCUCCACAUCGCAUCACAAUUCCACGG